AGUAUUUAACAAGAGUGGGGAUGCCAAUGGAUGCUUGUUGCAAUUCACUGAUGCUGAACUCGAGUCAAUGUGGCACAAAUUUACGUCUGCUGGGCUGCCUGGACAAGGAGCACUGGGAAUGUCUGAUGUGAGUUUCUGUGAGCAUUGUUUGUGCACAAUCCACCGGAAAAGGUUGAAAUACUUCGAUGUUUCUAGCUAUGGACUUUGUAAACUCUAGUCGGAUCAGUUAAAGUAUAUUUAUGUAAGAUAGCGUUAAUUAUUUGAUUGGACUUUUCCAGGACAAAAAUAAAAGCGGCUUUUGAAAGAACAUGCCAGUGCUAUACAGCGCUGAUUUAUGGGGUAUCGUAUACUUCAUUAGACAAUUCCAGCUAUGGACUAAUUUUUUAUCUAGACAAGAAAGACGAAAUAUAUCAUUAUAGCUCAAAAGAGCAUCCUAAAAUGAGUAAAAUUGCAAAGUUUGGUUGCGAAAUGUUGUAAAAUACGGAAAAUAUAGCCCUGUGAAAUUGGCAAAUUUUGAGUAUUUUUGUAUUACGCGCGGUAAAAAUAACCACUUUCGGCUCAAAAAAUUAGUCUAUAGCUGGAAUUGUCUAUAUAUUGAUAACUGUGAUCUGUCGAGUCUACUGGAGAGGUUCCGAUUUGAAUACCACUACUUCUCACUGGCUUCACAGUACGCAUCUGAUUGGUUAAUCAUUGAUAUCAAACGCAUCUGAUUGGUUAAUGGUUCCGUAACGAUAGCGCUAGUGGAAGUCAAAUUCCCUGCUAAUUAUACUAAUCUGCCAAAGGUUCCUCGCUCAAGAGGUUCAGACCAAACCACGAACUGGAGUAUUGAACCUUUCUUUUGUUUAUGUUGAACGCAACGAGGAAAAUGUUUUUUUUCUAGUUAAGUGAAAUUCAAUUGAACUUCAUGCGAUAACUUAUGAAGUAGCCUCCUGCGCAGACAUCGCUUUUAGAUUAGCGGGCAAAAUCUUGCGGAGGAGGCUACUUAUGAACCUAACAAUGAAACAAAAAAAUGUGUAUUUCCUGUGCAUUUGCCUUUUCCUAUAUAGGAAUCAAAGACAUGGAUUGGAGCAAUUAGUUGUUGCAGAGAAAUCCCGGCCAAUGGAGAAGAGGUACAGUAUUUAUUGGGAGUGGAUAGUGGGUUCUGAAGUAGUAUGAAUAUGAAUAUUGAUGGUAUGAAUAUGAUAUUACAGUGAAAAUACAAAAAGUGUCCCACCUUCGCUUCUGUAGUUUGUUGUGAUUUACUGUAAUUUGUUCUGUUUCUCUGUAGCGAUUACCGAUUUAUUAGCAAAUCCCGCGAUAAAACUUAGUUUUCUCUAUUUUUAAAUAUGAUAAUUUGUAGCAAAGGGAAAUAAUACAUUUUCCGUUAGUUUCAUUGCAUAAAAGUACGAACCUCGAAGCGUACCUCAUUACCUCUCAUUGGAGAGCUGUGUCUCAUCAAAAAUCAUCGGCACAACUAUGGACAGUAUCUGACGACACCGUCCCGCACACAUUCGAACAAUUACUUUGCUAGUUUUUAUUCCGCAAUCUUGAACAUUUCAAUACGGCAGAACUCAGAAGUAAAGGGAAGGUGAUCCGGUACAACGGAUGGCAUUUUGUAACCGACUCGUCGAUACAGUUGAACAGAAUCCGCAAUUUCUUGAUAAGUUGAUUGUAUCUGACGAAGUAGUCUUUAGUUUAAACUCAGAAGUAAAUACGAGAAAUGUUAUCAAGUAUGCACCCUAUGGAAACGGUCAUAGACAGACCAUUACGUUGAGUUUGCUCAAGUAAUCAAGUAAUGGUAUGGGUUGGUCUUACUCGAGCAGGCGUUGUUCUUGGUCCAUGAGCAAACGUGGGGAUUGGCCAUGGCCCCCUCGCUCUCCAGACCUGGCAAUAUGCGACUUUUUUCUUUGGGGAUACCUUAGCAGCAAAUUUGGAAUGUACCACACCAUCUGCAGCAACCGCAGAAUUUAGAAGAGCUUCGCAAAUCAAUUGUGACAGCAUGCCGUAAUCUAGAACAACGAAUGAUCCAUGACUCCUUGGACGCAAUGGUGUCACGGGCUAGGCAACACGUACGCGAUUCCGAACGAAUAAAUCUUCCUUGUAUUUUGUAAGUAAUAAUAACUUGGUCUCAUAAUAAACAAUUUGUCAAGUGUCAUUUAUUUACUGCUAAUAGUGCGUGUUUCAGUCGAGCAAAGCUUGAUUAAUAUUUGAUACGUCGUUUUUUGCAUAUUUUAGACACAUCCAGAAAUAUGCUACCGAUUUUGAACAUUACUAUCUCCGUGAAUUUUUAAGUAAAAUACAACUGUAAUAUACCAAAAUCUACGUUAACCUUCCCUCUAUCUAAUGAAAUUUAAUUCAGCUUAAUAGCUUCACUCGUUUAGAAGUUAUUACGAAUCAAACCGGAGUUUGGUUUGGGACACCCGGUAUAUAUAUAUAUAUAUAUUAUAUAUAUAUAUAUAUAUAUAUAUAUAUAUAUAUAUAUAUAUAUAUAUAUAUAUAUAUAUAUAUAUAUAUAUAUAUAAUAUACAAACAGGUUAUAACACUGCCACGACUCCAAGUGAAAUUAUUUAAUAAAUAUAUAUAUAUAUAGCUUUAAAGCUAUAUAUAUUUUUUUAUUAAAUAAUUUCACUUGGAGUCGUGGCAGUACGUGUUAUAACCUGUUUGUAUAUUAUCUAUGAUUUGUCUGCCGAGCAGAGUGUGUACACUUGUUGUAUAUAUAUAUAUUUAUAAUAUAGUCAUCCACCGUAUAUGAGCUGUUCUGCAAUCUGAUUGGUUGAAUUACUCGCCGUAUAUCAGCUCAUAUACGGCGAGUAGCGAAAAACAAGAUGGCGGUCCAAAAACUACAUGAGUUUUGCGAAGCAGAAAAAGGAAAAUAUUCGCUUUGAAAAACAUAAUAGUACAAGGAAAAACUCUCAAAAAAAAUUGACAGGUUAGCAAAAUACAUUUAUUACGUAGAAGUUAGUUUAAAAAUCAAGUUUUUCAAAGAAUUAAUACCGAAACAACAGCGAAAAAACAUGUUCAUUGAGAAUAUAAAUUGUUCAGAAAAGUUUGCCAUGAACGACAAAUGAAUUUGCAGUCAACAAGCACUUACUAUAGUACCAAACAUCUGUAUAAUAUAUCUGAGCUUUCCUGUGAGAUAUAGAGGUUCUAAAACCAUUUCUUUCACUUCGUCUUCGAGUUGUAAAACAAAAGUAUUUCAAAUUUUCAAGCGGUUUUUGGCCGAACAAAUUGUCAACACAUUGUAACAGUGAAUAAUUAAUUGCUGCUUCAGUUAAUGACUAUAUUAGACUAUAUUAUAAAACAAUUAUACCAUUCGCUCUCGUCGUAUAUGGCUGAUAGCCGACUCGGUGCUACGCACCUCGUCGGCUAUCAGCUCAUAUACGACUCGAGCUCAUGGUAUAAUUGUUAAUUAUAUAUAUAUAUAUAUAUAUAUAUAUAUAUAUAUAUAUAUAUAUAUAUAUAUAUAUAUAUAUAUAUAUAUAUAUAUAUAUAUAUAUAUAUAUAUAUAUAUAUAUAUAUAUAUAUAUAUAUAUAUAUAUAUAUAUAUAUCUAUAUCUGCAUGGUUUCACUUUGUUUUCGCAUUUUAGCUUUUUGCUGCAAAAAAAGGAAGAUUAGCCCCAACUCUUCAGCAUUACAUGCAAUGUCGUUUUCUUAUUGUACAUUACCUUCUGUUUAGACAUGGGACAUUCUUGCUAUUGGUAACCCUGCGAUAAAACUCAACUUUGCUCCGAUAGACAAUAGGGAAAAUUUCAAAAGUUUCUUUAUUGUUGGAUCUGGUUGGGGAACAUACACUCAGACGAUCAGCGGAGAUAAAGACCAAAAACAUAAGACCUAGAAACCCAAAGACCUAGAAACCUAAAGACCUUAGGAUUCAAAGACUUAACCAAAACCUACAAUAAACCUUAUAGUUUAUAUUGAUGACGUAAUUAAUAUAUAUUAAAUAAUAAAGUUGCUUUGUCGAUUAUGAUAAUUAUUCACGACGUCACCCAUGACUUGGUAUAUAGCCCAUUAACCCUUUUCUUUACAGUAUUUUUUAUGCUUAAUAAAACCCCCCCAAGGCAACCCCAAAUUGUAUGAGUAUAAGAGCGUUCAACGCGCAAUAACGUAAAUAUUUACUGAAGAAAUGAAGUUAAACCCCUUUCUUCUUUGCUUGUACUAAUUUUGCUUCGUUUUAUUUUGUCAGAUAACCAUGCUACACACUCGUCACACUAAUGGCGUGUAUAAAUAAACAUACAAUCCUUGUUGCGGAGAAAUCGUGGUGCGAUAUAGUUUUGAUGAAUAAUUAGUGACGAUUCAAUACUCCAUGAUCAGUUUACUUUCAGUAAUUGUAUAUAUAAUUAUUAUGCUUUGAUUUAUAUACUCGUAUAGAACUCUAUAAUAAUAGGACGUCUGUAAGUGAUUUACUACAGAAACUAAUUUAAUGUGAAAAUUCCAUAGAUAUCAUAUAUACACUAGAUAGCGCAUCUCUUUUAGUAAAAUUGAAGCCAAAAAGAAGUAAAGUGAAUUGUCCAGCGGUUACCCCCAUUUGAAUAGGUGGCGGCCAUGUUGGUAGUUCCCACCAUAGAUAUCUUGAUAUCUAUGGUUCCCACUCGCUAAUAAACGCUUAAAAAACAAUAACUUUCAUCAUUUGAAUAAUUUGAAAAUGUAUUUGGAAUAUAGGUUUAACUUAAUGUUUAAGUUCCCUGUUUAAAGUGCAUAUGACAUGAAAUUUCUUAUUUUUUUUUUUAAUUUUCUUUUUCUAAUGAAAGAAUUACUCUUUAAGUUGUAGUGUAACUUAUUUUUCAGUUUCUUGUUUUCAUGGUUUGUUCCCGAGAUAUUUCAAUCUGUUUGAUAUGUAAAUGAAUGUGAAUAUGUCCACUAAUUUAUGACGUCAUGUUGGUUGCAAGCUCAACUUACACUAGUUAUAAAUGUAUUAACUCUAAAAAUUAUUGAUAUCAGUUCACAAUUUUCUCUAGUGUUUCAUCACAUUUACCAGUGAGUGAAGUUUGAAAUUAUCAUCUUGGAUGAUAGCAGUGAUAUUCAACCAUUUUGAAGAGCUUGCAACCAACGUGACGUCAUAAAUUAGCGGACAUAUUCACACUCAUUUUCAUAUCCAACAAAUUGAAAUAUCUCGUGAACAAACCAUAAAAACAAGAAAAUAAAAAACAAGUUACACUACAACUUUUAAGUUCUUUUUAGUUUACUUUAAAAAGAGUUCUUUCAUUGAAGAAAAUAAGAAAUUUCAUGUCAUAUGCACUUUAAGAAAUAGAAAACAUACGAAUCUUCUCAUUUCAUGGGAAUAUCCUGAGUCUGCAAUCACGGCUUCAAUUUUUGAAUGGCAGAAUAAUUAGAUGCACUAUCUAGUUUAUAUAUAAAGAUAUCUAUGGAAAAUUCUAAGAUUUAAGAUUUCUAUAGCCUCAAUUUACAUGCAUGUAAGUGGAUAUGAUCAAAUGCUUUAUGUCAAAUGUUACGCUACAUAAUUACUUAGCCUAGACUAUUCUAUGUUUUACAACAAGCGAGCCUUAUCAAUACAAUACAAUAAUCUUUAUUUGUAGCCAUUUUUUUCAUAAAUUAUUUUAAAAUAUUUAGGGUGUUUGAUAAUUAUUAAAGAUACUUGCUUUCGGCAAUAACCAUAUAGGGCUAAAAAUGCCUGAAAGCAAAUUUCAAAGUUUUUAAACAUAUUUCAGAUCUGGGUAGUGGUAAGAAAAAGAAACUGUACACACACAUGUAUGCAGCACAUUAUUGGCUUACACACACAAAUAUUUUAAAUGACUGUUGUCUUUCUUUUUCAAUCUAUUAAAGAUUGGCAAACAAGUACAGAGGCCGCGGAAGCAUUUCGAAAGUGGAGGGGCAUUGACCGAAAGGGGCACUUUUGUUUAUGACCAGAAUCAAACGAUUUUAUGACGUUCACGAGCCGAACGAAAAUUUUUGAAAAUAUG